CUGAGUGAUUUCAAGGAACACGUCACAUUCAGUGGCGAUUUCUCCUAUUCUCGCCGUGUGUCCACUUUUAAACGUGUUGCAAAAACAUGUAGCCCGGACCGGGCAGAUGCCAGGAGGAUCAUACCUGCCUGUCGACUUGAGCCAUUUGCCAUCCGCCGCAACCAAGACAUGGUGUCUGUCGUUGCUGAUACUUCAGUCGAGAUGUCUGUCGUCUCCAUGCAACAACAAACUGUGCCAGUUGAUUCUCCGGCAGUUGUCACCUCCAACCGUUAUGCGUUGCUGGCAGAUGAGGCAGAUGAGCUGGCUGCCCCUGAUCCUGUCUCUUCAGUCGUUGUUCCUGCGGGAAACCUUCUUCAGCCCUCCUCUACCAACUCUGCCAUAAGUGAUGCUCCUGCUGAUAGCACGGCUGUUUCCAUUCAGGCACAGCCUGUUGUGGAUGAUCUAGCGUCCCUUGCCGGGACCAUCGUCGAUCCGCUCGCCAGUCCAUUGCCUACCGAUGGUGCUGCCGAGCCGGUUGGUUCCACUCCUCCAUCUGUGGACCAAAUUCCUGCUGGUACUCAACCACCUGUACCUUGUGGUGAAUCUGUGGCAGCUGCUUGCCAGUCUUCUGCUAUUUUUUCACUCUCUGAGCCCUCUCUGCAGCUGCACCUCUCUAGGAGUGAGCAGUGUGCUGAACCUGUUGCCUCGCUUUCUCCGCCUGUUAGUGGAGCUGUUGAGCCGUCUCCUCCUAGCACUCCUGUGACCCACACCCCUGUGUGUACAACUCCACCUGUGUCUUCUUGUGAGCCUACGUUAGAAGAUGCUGCUAGUUCUGCGGCAGA